CCCCGUGAGGCUGGCACCGAGAGUGAUAGUGGAGCAGCGAUGGCGGACGUGGGAGUUGAUCAGGUUCCAGUGACACAAAUUUUAGAAAAUGUGACCGAAGCGGCCACCAAUGGCACUGGAAAGGUGCCCUCGACGCCCGAGGGCAUGGCUUUGGCCUACGGCAGCCUGGUAGUUAUGGCUCUCAUCCCCAUAUUCUGUGGAUCCUUCAGGUCUGUCAAGCAUCAACAGCAGCAGAAGGCAUCUGGAGAGAAAGUUGACACAAUGACUUCAAAAGAUGCAGCAAUGUUCCCUGUUAUAGCAUCGUGUGCUCUCUUUGGCCUCUAUAUAAUAUUCACGGUUUUCUCCAAGGAAUAUAUCAACCUCUUACUUUCUUCAUACUUUUUUGUUUUGGGAGUGCUGGCCUUGUCUCAUGUUUUUGGCCCAUUAAUCUCUGGCCUAGUACCUGCAUCAGUACCUUUCGAAACCUAUCAUCUUCACUUAAUGAAAGGAGAUAAAGACAAAAAAGAUUACAUCAUAAAUUACGGGUUUACAUCCUAUGACCUCGUAUGCAUGGGAGUGUGUGCCCUGCUGGGAGUGUGGUACCUCCUGAAAAAGCAUUGGAUUGCAAACAACCUUCUUGGUUUGGCAUUUGCCAUUAAUGGUGUGGAGCUUCUGCACUUAAACAACAUCCAAACUGGAGCUCUCCUCUUAAUUGGGCUUUUUGUAUAUGAUGUCUUCUGGGUCUUUGGGACCAAUGUUAUGGUCACUGUAGCCAGAUCCUUUGAGGCACCUAUAAAAUUGGUGUUUCCUCAAGACCUGCUGGAGAAGGGCCUUGAGGCUGACAAUUUUGCUAUGCUGGGCUUAGGAGACAUUGUUAUUCCUGGCAUAUUCAUUGCACUCUUACUACGCUUUGAUCAUAGUUUAAAUCGAGGAUCCAAUACAUAUUUCAAGGUUACAUUUGCAGCCUACUUUGCUGGCCUUAUGAUGACAAUCUUUGUCAUGCAUGUUUUCAAACAUGCCCAGCCAGCUCUGUUGUACCUUGUGCCAGCCUGCCUUUCUGCACCAGUACUUUUGGCUUUCCUCAAAGGGGAUUUCAAGGCUCUGUUACAGUAUGAAGAUCAUCCCAGUUUAGAGGAAAAGGAAGGCACUGAGACAACAGAGGAUAAGAAGUCAGGGAAGAAAGAUAAGUGAGAAGAUGAAACAGGAAUAAAUGCAGCUAACAGCAUGUGUAUUCCUGUGACCCGUCCUUGUCACUGUAGGCAGUCAACGGGAUGAGUAUUAUGACUGGCACAAAAUAAGACUAUGGGCUUUUGCUGCCAAAUUUUUAUUUUUUAUAAGUAGAUUUGUGCCCAAUGAAUGACCUAUAAGUUGACCUCUUUAUUGUUGAUCUUAAAGCAUUGCUAAAAUUUAAAGGUGACAAUUCAGUUAAAGCAUUUUUUUACUAUUUGUAUUUUUCAUGGCACCACUGCUCUAAACUCUCACUGACAGCUUUUGUUACAAAUUGCUGGGCAAUAGCUACCAUUUUCUCCAUUUUUAAAUAUUCUGUUAAUAAUAAUAGGAUCUGACUUCUUAAAGGGCUGGCAAUACUAAAACCUUUUGUUUUUAAUGAAUGUCACCAUUGAAAUAUUUGUUUGAUAUAUUUUUGUAUAUUAAAUUUGUGUGUCCAGGGCAUACAUUGUUUAAUAUAUUUUUGUAUUUUGUUUGUGUACCCAGGGCAUACAUACACAAAUUAUUCUAGUUUUCCUGCAUAAGUUUCAUAAGGUGUACUUAUUUAUUUUUAACCAUUUUGAUACUUCUCAAUGUAAAUCAUUAUCAGAUAUUUUUCCCAUGAAGGUUUGACAUUGUUGUUGCAUCUUGUUCAGAGAUUUCAUUGCACUUAAGGACUGAAUGCUGGAAGCAUUAGUAUUGAAUUGUAAAAACAGCAGUUAUCUUUUACACUAGAAUAACCAGUCAAGUUGUCAUUGACAGUAAGAACACUCAAUGUAGAUCAUUUUUUCAUUAUAUAGUAAAUCAAGAAAUUGGCCAGGAUUGUUAAUAAAAUAUUGGAUAAAUAAAAUUUUGAUAAUAAACCAUUAGGCAUAUACAGGUAGAUACAUAAAUACUGAUUUAUUCUUUGCAUCUGGGAUUUUCAAGGGUAGUUUAUCUAAGGACUAUUAAGGUGAUCAUAAUUUCAUGCUGUAUAUGUUUGCAGUUUUUCAAGGGCUGAACUUCAUUUUUUAUCUAAAGCCAUAUCAAAAAGUAACACUUUACCAUUACUGAAUAAUAAUAAUUUAAAUUGUGUGCUGCCCUUGGGCAAGUAAAAUUGAGAUUUUGUGAAAAAUGUGAUACAGUUGAGAUAAUAAUUUUUAAGCAUUUGCUUUAUAUUGGACACAAGAUGUACAUUAUUAUUAUUAAAAGUUUAAUUCAGUACAUUGGUAAAUCUAUGAAUUGCAGUAGUUUGAAUUAGAGAAAUUUUUAUCUUUUAUUAGCAUUUAAAGGGCAUAAUGUGGAAGACCAUGGAAAGAAUCUAAAAGUUAAGUGUUGUAUGUAUUAAUUUGUUCCUUUAAUAGUAAAUUAAAAUAUUGUUUUUAUAUAUUCUGUUCUUGUCAUGUUUAUUAGUUACAAAGUUAUAUUUAUUAAUACUUGAGCACUUCAGUGCUGUGAAGUUCAUCAGAGUCAGGGCCUUGUUGGAAUUCAGUUAACAAUAAAUCAUAGCCAUUCUCAUCGUGAGAGGAAGUAGUACUGACAAAUUAUUUUGUUGAACACGUCAGUUUCUUUGUGAUUGAGUGUUGAUUAAGGUGAAGGUUGGCAAUUGUAUGAAUGUGAUGAGUGAUUAGCAGAAAGCUGUGAGAAUUCAGAUCUAAGAGCAUAUAAUAAAAGGUCCAAGACAAGCAUAA